AUGAUGAAGAGGUUCUUGGAAAAGUCCACAUGGGACGACAAAGACAUUUCGAAGCCUCUGGCGCAGAUCCUGGACGCCAUGGAGGCCGUCCAGAGCGUCUAUCCGUGCAUGCGCGGUAUACGCGACAGCAUACUCGAGAAUAUCAAAUCUGAGGGCGUGGAUGAGGAAGCUCAGCAACAUCAAUAUGGAGUUGAACUUGAGCUCAUGGACCUCCUGCAAUCUGCCGCGGCUCCAUUUCCCGGAGCUUGGGGGACUGAAGAUGCCGAAAGCGCGACAAGCGCUGAUUUGGGGUUCUUGUUGACGGAUGACUUUCUCAACCAGCACUAUUCAUGGGACAACGCAGGCCUCUGA